AUGGAUAUCGACAUGGAUUCUCCAGUUGGUCCCGUGAUUGUAUACGGCGCCGAGAUUGACCUUUGUGAGCUUCUACAAACACUAUCUUUGUCGAAAGGCAAGACCAAGGCUCCCGCAAACGAUCCAACACUCCCUGCUGUCCCCUAUGCCUUGCAAAGGGCAAGCGAGGACGCUGCAAACACAGAGGAUCCAGCGUACCACUCCGACGCGGAAUCAUCAAGUUCAAAGUCCAGCUCCUGCGACCCAACCCCAGACACCACCAACCACCUGCCCACCUCAUCUGUCACAGUCCCGCGCUCUCCACUUCCCGCAUGCCACUUCCUCCAAUCCAUCCUCGCUUCGCUCGCCCCCGAAUCCCACGUGCUCUCUCCAUCUCCUUACCCCUACCCCGCGUCAUCACACUUCCGGACGACGGGAGGCGAAUAUCUGGACACGAUUCUCACUCAUCGUGCGCUGCUCAGUGCAUUUCCCCCUGCACACCGAGGCUGUGCGACUGCCUUGCAGGAAAUAGCGAGAGCAGUAGAAGUGAGGGCGUGGCGGGCUGAUCGUGAAUCGGAUGCAGAGGCAGUGGCGACUCUUAGGCAGGAAGCAUUCUUAACUUCCACGUGGCUGUAA